GGGACCACUGCCUCUAAAAUGAGUCUCUCUGGGGAGAGAGAGGAGGGGACCACUGCCUCUAAAAUGACUCAAGACACCAGUUCUAAGAGUGUCCAGAAGCCCAGAGCAGAGUCACCUGCCCCCAGCCUGCUAUCAAUGAAGAGUGAUCAGCCACCUGCUUUCAGCCAGGAACCAUUACCAGAUGACAAUAAGGAAGUGGAGAGUUUGGACAGUGAGGAUGCAUUAAAGAUCACACACAACCUUCUGGACAGAAGAAGUCAAACUCUUCUGACAGUCCAACAAGACAUUAAGGCUAAACUGAAACACAAAUAUCAACACAUAUCUGAAGGAAUUGGACACCAUGGAAACCAAAGUCUGUUAAAGGACGUCUACACAGAGCUCUACAUCACAGAGGGUGGAAGUGGAGGGGUCAAUAAUGAACAUGAGGUGAGACAGAUAGAGAUGGCAUCCAAGAAACAAACCACACAAGAGACACCAAUCAAAUGCAACGACAUCUUCAAGCCUUUACCUGGACAAGACAAACCUAUCAGAACUGUGCUGACAAAAGGAAUCGCUGGCAUUGGAAAAACAGUCUCUGUGCAGAAGGUCAUCCUUGACUGGGCAGAGGGAAAAAGCAAUCAGGACGUUCAUUUCAUGUUUCCUCUUCCUUUCCGUGAUCUGAACCUGAAAAAGGACCAAUACAGUCUGAUGCAACUUCUUUCCCACUACUUCUCAGAGCUGAAAGAGAUUGACAGCAUUGAAGAUGGUGAAACCAAAACUGUUUUCAUUUUGGAUGGUCUGGAUGAGUGUCGACUUCCUCUAGACUUCAAAAACAAUGAGAGGUGCUGUGAUGUCAUGAAGCCAACCUCAGUGGACGUGCUGCUGACAAACCUCAUCAAGGGGAAUCUGCUUCCCUCUGCUCUCCUCUGGAUAACCUCACGGCCUGCAGCAGCCAAUCAGAUCCCUCCUGAGUGUGUUGACCAGGUGACAGAGGUACGAGGGUUCAAUGAUCCACAGAAGGAGGAGUACUUCAGGAAGAAAAUCACAGAUCAGAAUCUGGCCAAUGAAAUCAUCAAACACAUGAAGACAUCAAGGAGCCUCCACAUCAUGUGCCACAUGCCAGUAUUCUGUUGGAUAUCAGCCACUGUCCUUGAGAUGAUGCUGAAAGAGGCAGAGAAGGAUGAAGUCCCCAAAACUCUGACCCAGAUGUUCACACACUUCACGCUCAUCCAAAUCAUUGUGAAGAACAAGAAGUACAACAAAGCCACAGAGACAAACCCAAAGGAACUGUCUCAGUCAGACAAAGAGAUGAUCCUGAAACUGGCAAAGCUGGCUUUCCAACAGCUGCAGAAGGGCAACCUGAUCUUCUAUGAGGAGGACCUGAGAGAGUGUGGCCUUGAUGUCACAGAGGCAUCAGAGUACUCAGCAUUGUGUACAGAGAUCUUUAAAGAAGAAUCUGGGCUGAACCAAGAGAAGGUCUACAGCUUUGUGCAUCUGAGCAUUCAGGAGUUUCUAGCAGCAGUGCAUGCUUCAGAAUCAUGUCUGGACAAGAAGGGACAUGUUUUCCCCCCCAAAGCAGUCACUAGUGAUGAUGAUGAUGAUGAUGAUGAUGAUGAUAAUGAAGAGUACUAUGAAGCGUUUUCAGUCAGUGAUGGUGAUGACGAGGAGAAGAAUGAUGAUGAUGAUUCCUCUGACGAUGACUAUGAUGAAGCAGCCACUCCAACCCUACUCCAAAAUGUCAUCACACAACAGUACAGAGACAAGAAGUCAGACCCGUUGUAUGACUUAAACAGGAGAGCAGUGGACCAGGCCUUGAAGAGUGAGAAUGGACACCUGGACCUGUUCCUCCGCUUCCUUCUGGGCCUCUCACUGGAGUCCAAUCAGAAUCUGUUACGAGGCCUUCUGACACAGACAGGAAGUACAACGCAGAGCAAUGAGGAAACAGUCGAGAGAACAGUCAGGUACCUUUCAGUCAAGAUCGAAAGGGAAUCCUCACCAGAAAGGAUCAUCAACUUGUUCCACUGUCUGAAUGAACUUGGUGCCAACUCUCUAGUUGAAGAAAUGCAAACCUCCCUGCGAUCAGGAACUCUUUCAGAAACAAGACUAGAACCUCACCAGUGUUCAGCCCUGGCCUACCUGUUACUGAUGUCAGAGGAGGUGCUGGAGGAGUUUGACCUGAAGACAUACACCACAUCAGAGGAAGGUUAUCAGAGGUUGCUGCCGGUAGUGAAAACCUGCAAGAGAGCACUACUGGAUCGCUGUGACCUCGCAUAUGAAUCCUGUGAGACUCUGGCUUCAGCUCUGCAGACACCAAACUCCCCCCUGAGAGAACUGGACCUCAGCGACAAUGACCUGGGAGACAGAGGAGUGGAGCUGCUCUGUGUUGGACUAACCAGUCCACUCUGCAACAUACAGACACUAGUUCUACGUCAGUGUGGUCUGACAGAGGGUUGCUGUUCAGAUCUGGCCUCAGUCCUGAGUUCACCCAACUCACAACUGAAACAACUGGAGCUGAGAGACAAUGACCUGCAGGACUCAGGAGUUACACUGCUGUCUGCUGGACUGGAGGAUCCAGACUGUAAACUACACACACUGGGGCUGUCUGGCUGUCUGGUCACAGAGGAGGGCUGUGCUGCUCUGUCUUCAGCUCUGAGGUCAAACCCCUCCCACCUGAAAGAGCUGGACCUGAGCUACAAUCACCCAGGAGACUCUGCAGGGGGACUGCUUUCAGCUGCUCUGGUGGAUCCCACAGAUAAACUGAUGAAGCUGAAUGUGGAUCAUGGUAGAGAGUUCAGGCUGAAACCAGGGCUGAGGAAAUAUGCCUGUCAUCUCACCCUGGACCCAAAUACAGCAAACCCAGACCUGAUACUGUCUGAGGGGAACAGAAAGAUGACACGUGUGGAGGAGAAGCAGCAUUAUGAAGACCAUCCAGACAGAUUUGACCAUCAUCCCCAAGUUCUCUGCAGAGAAGGCUUAUCUGGAUCUCGUUAUUACUGGGAGGUGGAGAGGGGUGAUGACAAGGCUCUCAUUGGUGUAGCGUACAAAGGAAUGAAGAGGAAGGGAGUGGAGAAUGACAGUUUUAUUGGACUCAAUAGGAAGUCCUGGAGUUUAUUCUUCUCUGACAGUGUAUAUCACUUUCACCAUGCUGGAGUCAACAGAUUCUUCCCUGGUCCUGUUUCUAACAGAGUUGGAGUGUAUCUGGACUGGCCAGCUGGUACUUUGUCCUUCUAUGGUGUGUCCUCCUGUGGUACACUGACACACCUUUACACAGAACACACCACAUUCACUGAACCCCUCUAUCCUGGGUUUGGGGUUUAUUCCUCCUCCUCCUCCUCCUCAGUGACCCUGUGUCAGAUAGAUGACCAACACAUUCAAAGAGACCAUGGUGGAGAGUGUUGUAUCAAGCCUGGACCUGAGAACACCAGAGACCAGAUAUGGAUUCCUCAGAGCUGUAAGACUUGUGACCAUGUUGAGGACUCCACACACUGGCUUCCGAUUGAACCCUUUACUUCCACUGUCCAGGGAGUGACAAUGUUCAGGCACAGGACACCCAAAGGGCGUUAUGAGUGCACAGUGUCUGGGCUCCGCUGGGUGUGUGAGAGAGAUGUCAUUCUGAAGUAUCACUUCAGGAACUGGGAACCCUACAGUCAACUUCUGAAAGACAUGCAGUACGGACAAGGUGGUCCAUUGCUGGACAUCACUAUGGAGUUAGGUGAACUGGAGGAAGUUCAUCUGCCACACUUUGUCUGUUUAGGGACCAACCCUUCCCUGAGGAAUGAGAUGAAGAUUCUUCAUGUAGAGGAACAUGGAGUGUCUGUUGAGGAAGUGCAUGAGGUCACCAGAUUCCAUGCUAAGAUUCUCCAUCCCAGGUUCUCAGCUAUCUCUGUUAUACUGAGCUAUAUCUUUUUUUGGAACGUAGAUGUCCACUGUGACGUGGUCCUCUAUAUGGCAGUAAAAAAGGCAACAGUAAUUUCACGGCUGUACAUGCUCCUCAGAAACUCCAGUCAGAAAGAGGCUGUUCGGGACCGGGAGAAGAAUCAGGUGUCCCAAGGAUAUUCAGAAUUUCUGCUGUCAAGUCCAAAGGGGUCCUUAAAGCUGAACAGUUGGUUUGCAGUCAAGAAUCCCCAUUCCUCCUCCAUCUAUCCAGAGAAGAUUCAGCUGUUACCAGCAGACACCACACCAAGCUGUUGUAAGAUGGUUAUGAGAAACACAGGGGUUGACAUUGAGAUGGAGUUAAUUGGGGAUGAUGAGAGGACAGUAUGGAAAUCAGUGGUAUCAAAAGAUGAAUACAGCAAAGACUCUCAUCCAAUAGCAUUAACAGUCCCUGACAUUCCUGCUGAGGAGUUUCUGAAGAAACACUGGGCUAAACUAAUUCAGCGAACCAAAAACUCAAUGCCAAUAGCAGAUGAUCUGUGGUCAAAGAACAUGAUUGGUGAAGAAGAGCACUCCAGAAUAACAGCUGAAACAACUGAACAGGACCGAAUGAGAAAACUACUGAAAGCAGUCAUCUCCAAAGGACCAGAAGUGACGGGAGCUUGUCUCAAAGCUCUCGUUGAACAUGAAAACCAUCUUGUUAAGGACCUGAGUGAAUCUAGAACCUAAUCUGAAGACGCUGAGGCCUAUCUCCUAGUCUG